AUGUUUCAAAAUAGACGACAACUUCUAGUUUUGUUAUCAACUUCAUUGAUUGUUAUAAUUGUUCUACGACACUUCAACAAGAAUCCAAAUGACAGAAAAUCAUUUUUGGGAAAUGUUAUCGAUAAUCAUGGCGAGCAGAAUUCCCCGGAUUAUUUUCUUGCUGUUCAGCCGCAUGCACAUGUCUUGAAUGGAACUUCUGAUCAAAUUCACGAAGAGGAUCACUAUGACUCGUGAGUUCCCCGAAUUUUGGUUGAAUGAUAAGUUUAAUUUUUAGGAAAACAUGUCCGAUUCAAGAAUGGAAUCAAAUUGAAACCAAUAUUCUUCCCAAUCAACUUUAUCACAAUUUAUUAAUGAAUAUCAGUGUUGAGAAAAAGAAUGUGUUGCUUAACAAAACACCGAGUCCAUUUUCAGCUUUUGCCUAUUCUGAUCAUAUUGUUGUUACACUAACUUCUGAAAAGAAUUAUUCGUGAGUUGUGUCCACGUAGAAUUCAAAACACAAGUCACAAAUGUUUUUCUAGUGAUGUUGUUCUCUGCCGCUAUUAUGAUUGCAAGAUGAGAGAACUCAUCGGACAACAUUUCGUAUCGAAACAUUUCCCACAAGCCACAGUUUUUUGUGGUCGCCGCAAAGGCGCUGAAUAUAUUUCGAUAACCGAAAAUUUGGAAGAUGAAGCUGAAUCUCCAAUUAGAAUAACUCGAAGAGAUGCUAAAAGUUGGUUUUAAUUUUAAUUCUGAAAAUUCAAAAAUGUUUCAGAACCACCCCAUUAUUUCACUGUGUGUUUAUCGCCACUUUACGGAGAUGAACCGAAAUUUUUGCAAAUCGUUGAUUUUGUUGAAUAUUACAAACUUCAGGGAGCAACAUUUUUCCAUAUUUAUGUGAGAAAUGUUUCAAACUAUGAUCGAAUUCUUCUCGAUGAUUAUGUUAGAACUGGUGAAAUUGAAUUGAUUCAGGUUCAUGAUCAUUAUUGGAGAGCUGAUUUCAUGUGGCAUAGAGUGCAGAUUAAUGUGAGUUUCAUCUUUUUUUUAUGGAAAAAAACAGAUGAUUUCAGGACUGCCAUUUUCGUAGUAAAUAUUUUUCAAAAUGGACAGCAUUUGUGGACAUUGAUGAGAGAAUUCAGAUGAAAAAAUAUCCCGAACUACGAAUUGUUGAUCUUCUUGAGUUAGUUGAAAUCAAAAAAAAAUCACAAGCAUUCUGAAAAUUUCAGCCAAACAACUCCAAAUGUUUCUACCCUUCAUUUUUCGGUUGAUUGGAUAAUAAAAGAUCAACUUUCUCCACAAAAAUAUAUAAAUGAUAGUCAGUUGGAAGAAGAGAUGAUUUUCCGAAAAUUCACCAAUUCCUCAACGAAAACAGACACUUAUAAACAACCGAAAUGUAUAAUUCGAGCCGAAAGAAUCGCAUUGAUGUCAAUACAUCAUCCACCAGCAGUUUAUGACGAAUCGAAAAUCUCAGUGGUGAAUUAUCGAAUUGCUGCUGUUCGCCACUAUCGAAACUCGUUUCACAAACUUUUUCCCGAACAAAUUCAACGAAUGAUGGAAUAUGGGCCCUACAAUCAAUCGUUUGUAGCACCGUGGAUUUCUGGGAAUUUGACGCGGAACAUUUUGAAACGCGUCAAAUAUUUAUAUGAUAUUGAGAUUCCAACGAUUGUUGAACAGGAGAAGUAUUAUGCGUAUGAAGGAAGUAAAAUGUCGUUGGAGAAAAUUCAAGUAUAAUUUUUGUUGAAUCCCGUGUAGAAGUAUGAAUAAAUUAUCGAUCAAACAACAAUUCUAUUCUUAUUUUGUCAGUUUUAAAAAAAAAUUUGACAAAAAAGUUUGCCUCGAAGCGGGAUCGAACCGAUAACCUAAAAUUUGAAAGGCCUGUGUGUUUACCACUCGGCCACGCACUCCUGUUUUUUCGGGGGGUUCGUAUCCAUAGAUGUACCAAACUGCAUAAAAAUUCUGACCUUCCCUUGAGCUUCAAAAAAUUUUCGUAGUGCUUCAAGAAGUCGAAAUGGUUUGAACACGUCAUAUUUUCCGGAAUGAAUAUUGACUACCGUAGUUUUGAAAAUGACACAUAAUCAGAUAAAAAUGUGAUUCAAGUACAAAAUAUGUGUUUUUUCUGAAUGACAUCGCAAAUUUUAUUUUUCUCUAGAUUCAAUCGCAUUCAAUUUUGUGUUAUGGUCCGAUACUUUCUAGAUAAUCUCUGACGAUCUCUGAGAGAAAGGGCGAAUAAAAUGUAGUUUGUUUUUUUUUGCAAUCUUUUGAACCUUCAGAUUUCUUUUAUAAAUGUAGUACAUAUAGUAAUUAUUCGAAGUCAAACAUUGCUAGAACGUUCUGUGAAUUUUCUUUCGAAGCUACAAAGCUGAAAAUCUGAUUUUGUACAUUUACUUCUUUUGUAAAAAUGUAACCAUUUUAUUGAAAACACGCCGCUCUCUUGGAAAAAAAUACGGUAGUUUGGAUCUCCUGAAUCAAACUGGAUAACUAAAAAGAUAGGUGUCAUUCCAAUCUUAUCGAUCAAUUAAUCAAGCGUUUUUUCUAUUAUAAAUACAGUAGAGAACAAAGAAUUCCAUCGAAUUCACGAUUUGACUACUGUAGGUUCCCGUGUCAUCAAAUAUUUUCAGAAAAUCAUGAAUAAAAACGUGUGCAUUUCAAUUAUUUUGUUGGUUUUCACUGUUUUCGUGCUUCUGAAUGUUUCAAAUGAUAAUAAAGUCAAGAAGAACAUUUUGCCGAUUUUCGAACAAUGGCACAAUUGUGCGGUUAAGAAAUAUGAUUUUGAAUUGGCGCCUGAAAAUGUACAAUGUUUUUGAGUUGAUUGACAAAACACACUUUGAACAAAUAUUUUUUUUUUGCAGUUCUGGAGAUCAUCAGCAGCAAGUUCAAUAGAAUGUGAGAAACUCGUAACGGCUUCAAGAUUGUUGGAAAUUCAGAAAUUUCGAAAUGGCGACGAAAAAUCAUUCAAUUUUAAAUAUUCAAUUUUACCACCAUCGCUCGAAAAUAUUUCCGAAUCAGAACAAGAACAAGAGAAUUUUGUGACAAUUGGAGUUGGGAAAGAUAUCACCGCUGAAUUAGCAUACAGAAAUGUGUCUCGAAUGACAAAAUUCUUUGGUGCCGAUCCAAUUUUCAUGGAUAAUUACGAAUUGUAUUCCAAAAUUGGUCUGUAUUUUCCAUUAGCAAUUGGUGCAUCAGAUGGAUAUUCAACAGCUAUUGUUUUGUUAAAUAAUUUAUAUCAGAAUUUCAAUGUUUUCCACAUUGAUUUGAUUUAUUUCGUUAGAAAUAUUUUGAAAAUUUUAACCAUUGAGAAUCUCUGGCUAGAUAAUGAAUACGCUGAAUACGAUUUGUUACCAUAUUUUUAUAAAAAUGGACAAUUGGAUCAAAAUGGGAUUACUAUUUGUCAAUUUAAUAUUGAGGUACAAAAUUUUUCAAAAAGCUCAUGAUCUACAUACAUUUUCAGAUUCAUCUAGCUCAACACGACCGACAUUAUAAAAAAUUCAAAGAAUUUAUUCAAAAAAUUGUGGAAGAUCGACAAUACGCAAUUCUGAAUCAUUUGUUAGUUGGACAUCAUCGAAUGUAUCUUUUCAAUUACGGGAACAAGUAUUGUGUUGAAAAAUAUAUUUCGCCUUAA